AUGAACACUCAAGUCUUACCUCCAGCCAAUGGAAAGAAACUCUGGAGAGUCAAGAGAUCCGUCUCUGCUGGUCACUUGGAUACUGACUCUCAUUCACAAAGCUCCUUGGAGUGCUUGAACAAUUCCUUGAAGAUCUCUGCUGCUGCUUCAAAGUUCUCUAUCCGCAGACCUCCAUUGAGAAGACCCAAGAACAGACCAGGCAAGCCAAAGGACUUUGUCUUCGUUGACUUGUCGCCUGUCAAGAAUGAAGACUGCGCAACCUUUUGUGACGCUUCUUCCACCAACUCUCCUACUCAAUCUCCUCUCGAGACUCCUCCAUCCUCCACUUCAUUCACAUCUGACAAGUCUAUGUUCGACUUGCCGCAAUUGAACGAAUCAUUUUCCUUAUUGAGCGAUAGUGAUUCUAUUUUUUCCGCAUUUGACAGAUCAGCCUCAAACGAGCAAAACUACAUACAGGACACACACUCAAUUGCCUCUUCCGUCUCUCAGCACGAGGACAUCGGAUUGGGCAUCAUGGGAUUGGACGUCCAAAACUGGGAACAAAACCCAAACUUCAAUGAGAGACCAGCUCAACAACAAGCUCCUCAAAUUGAUAACGCUGCUUUCAACCAACAAUUGUACGGUUACCAACACGCUAUGAUGGAACAGCACAAGCAAAUCCAAAUGUUGAAGCAACAAUUACAAGAACAACAAGCACAAAAGAAGGCUCCAUUGGAGAACUUGCACAAGAGAUCCAAGUCCGCCUCGGUGGAAAACCCAAAGAGAAGAGGCAGCGGCCAAUUCCAAUUCAAGUCAUACACCGGUCCAAAGAAGGGCAAAGCUAUGAAGCUCAGACGUACUGUCUCCGAGCCCUCUAGAAAGAGCACUGCUAUUGUCUCGUCUGUGUCGGCGCCCACUACUCCAGAAGUUGAAGGCAAGCCACAUGGACUCGAAGACUUUACCAUGUUCAACGACCAAUUCAUGACUUACAAGGACAAUGCUGCUACUGCACCUGCACAAACUCAAAGUUACGAGACUUUCACUCCCGUCUCGGAAUUCUCUGACGAUGACUUCUCUUUGCCAAAGAACUACGAUGUCCUCUCCGGAUGUGGCAUUGACCAAUUCUUGUUGCAAAAGCAGGACGACUUAUUUGCUGGAUUCGUUCCACUCUAA